AAAACAGGAGAACAUAUCAUAAGCUCUUCCCCUUUAUUACAUUUAAUGCCUUUGAAUCAUUAUCCUUCUCUCUCUCUCUCUCUCUUUUUUUUUGUUUUUCUUCUAUUUUUUCUUCUAAUUUUAAAUGCUAUAUGGAUAAUGAAAGAUUUGUUGAAUUUCCCUUCUUUAUCUUCAUUUACUAUUACAUCAGCUAAUAAGCAACCUUCCUUUUUAAAACAACCUAAACGGCCAACUUUUGUUCAGUCUAUCAAAUGUUUAUUUAGCAACAAGGAUUCAUUAAAGCCACUUUGUUAUUACGGACAAAUGACGAAUGUUCAGAUUGGUACAGGAGCCUUUGCUACUGUACACUUGAUUACUGACUCAAAGGAGCGUUAUUAUGCGUCAUCUAGCACUAAAACUAUCAUGAAUGAAUUUUGUAUUGCAUCCAGUCUAGAUCAUUUAAAUAUUAUAAAGACAUAUGAUUUAGUCUUAUUGAACAAGAAAUAUUACUGUAGCAUUAUGGAAUAUUGCCCAGGAGGAGAUCUCUAUACAUUUUUAAAACAAGAUAAAAUGAAAACGUUAACUAUGAAACAAGUGAAUGAAUAUCUUCAACAAAUUUUAAAAGGGCUAAAUUAUUUGCAUACUAACGGUAUUGCACACCGUGAUAUUAAACUGGAAAACAUUUUAUUAGUCCCAUUGAAUGAUGAUGAUGAUAAGGUUUUAUUAAAGAUAACAGAUUUUGGAGAAGCUCAAUGGGGUAAUGAAAGUGUCGGUAUCCAUGGUACAACACCUUAUAUGGCACCCGAGGUCUUUGAUAAAAACCAUAGUUACGGUGCUAUGGCAGCCGAUGUUUGGUCUGUGGGGGUUAUUUAUUUUUCUAUGCGUCUAGAGGGGUUCCCGUUUAUAACGGCGGAGAUGUCGGAUUCAAAUUAUCGAUUAUAUCUACAAAGGUACAAAUGGAGAUCUUAUCCUGUAUUUAGAAAACUAGACAAGCAAAGUCAAAUUUUAUUAUAUGGUAUGUUGAAUCCUAACUCUCAAAAUCGAUUUACCGUAGAAACGAUCUUGAAUUUUUCAUGGAUGAAAGAAGAAACACAACCUUGAAAUAAUAAUAAUAAAAGUUACGCAAUUUCUG